CGAUCUAAACGAGAUUCUUUCACUUGUAAGAGCAUCAGCAUCAAUGAAUUUUGAGUGGGGGUCAUAAUUUUAAUUUUUUUAUUAUUUUUUUUAUAUUUUUUUCGUUUGAUUUUAAAAAAAUAUAUAUAUAUAAGCGGACCAAUCGCGGGCCGCCACGUGGCGUGGAGUCCGCGUUACAGGGAUGAACUCGUAUCAGUGGAGAGAGCUUACACGAUCUGGGUUCACAAAAAGUGGAUUAUUAUAAUAAUUUUUUUUUUUGGGAAUUGUGUGAACUUUAUACAUAAUCUCCUAAUGCUGGUGCUCUAAUGCCUUCUCUGUACCUUGGUUCUGGCCUUAUCAGAAGCGGCUUGGGAGCUUAAGGGGAGAAAAUAUUCGGCUCCAGCUCUGAGUAUGUGCAAAGCAACAUAACUCGUUAUUUCUCCGAUCCCCAAUACUAUUUUCAAGUGAAUGAUCAAUAUGUGAGGAACAAGUUGAAGAUUGUUAUACUUCCUUUUCUUCAUAGGGGACAUUGGACUAGAAUCUCAGAACCAGUUGAGGGUAGACUUUCAUACAAGCCUCCUAUAUAUGAUAUUAAUGCGCCAGACUUGUACAUUCCCCUCAUGGCCUUUGGCACUUAUCUUGUUCUUGAUGUUUUGUCACUAGGACUCUGUGGCAAGUUUUUUUCGGAAGCUCUGAACUGGCUUUUUGUGAAAGGAAUGGUUGGCUGGUUUUUGCAAGUCAUGCUGCUGGAGAUAACGUUGCUUUCAUUGGGUAGCGGCGAAUCACCUCUCUUGGACAUUGUGGCAUAUGCAGGCUAUGCUAACGCUGGUCUCUGCUUAGCUGUUCUUUGCAAGACUAUCUGGGGAUACUCUUACUAUGUUUUGAUUCCGAGGACUUGCUUAUGCACAGGGGUUUUCUUGGUGAAGACAAUGAAGCGAGUUCUCUUUGCUGAAGCUAAGAGUUAUGUGACUCAAGCAGGCAUCAUUAGGGAAAGAACACCUCUAAUGUUAUGACCUGGCAAUAACUUGAACAACCUCUAUGGAUAUGAACUGGUUAAGGGAUACAUUGAUGUGUGAUAUCUCUGGAAACGUUAGGAUCUCAUGACCAAUGGUUCCUGAGAAUCUGUUCUAGCUCACAUCUAAUGAAACAAGAUGUUUCAGCCUAUGUAAAGGCGACACUGUUCUUGGAUAGGUCUAUGGUUUUGAGCUCCUUGAGGCGUGUGAUUCCUGGGGAUAUGUCUCCGGUGAAGAAGUUUUGAGAGAGUGAUAUUUUGGUGAGUUUCUUGAGUUGGGACAUAGUUUCUGGUAUUGGACCACGGAAUCUGUUCUUGUUGAGUCUAAGGAAACCGUCAUCGUCAACAUUAAUCUCUGUGACUCUGCUUGUGGUGUUCUCGAUAGGGAAAGAACACAUGACUCCAAAGAACGUUUCUGAGCCUUCACAAGAGAAGUCCCAUGUGCUUAGGUAAGAGGAAGGGGAGAUGGAACUUGGGUCAAUGCUACGUAUGAUAGACUCUCUAGAGCUUGAAUAUCAAAUCGAAGAGUGGCUGACAGAGCUGAUGAAGGGACAAUAGUUGAAACAAGUAAUAAAAACAAUGACGUGAGUAGCAAGAGAGAAGAAGAUGGUUGUGUUUUUUUUGGUAGCCAUUGUAAUGGUUCUUUCACAUGAGUCAUGAAUGAAAGACAUGUAAGUCUUUUAUAUU